UCAUUAUAAUUAAAAGUAGCCUGUACACUAAACCAUGACUAUUCCAGAUAUGAAGAAACGUGACGCUGACUGCAAUAUGCGCAAAGUUCAAAGGGUCAAUUUGACAGUUUUUAGUGGUCAUGCACCGAGGAUGCUACACUGGACUAACCCUAGAUAACAGUCGAAGCCAUUCGUCCACUUGGGGGGUGUUUUGCAAGAGGGUGUGCGUGUUCCCGCAGCAACAGGGAAGAUGGCAGCCCUCACAUCUAUCACCCAGUUAUCGAGUGGGACUCCAGUAUAUGAAAAUCUUUAUAGACAGGUUGACCCAGGAAAUACAGGGAGAGUAGGGCCUACAGAAGCAGCCCUGUUCCUGAAGAAGUCUGGGCUUCCAGACAUGACGUUGGGAAAGAUCUGGGAUUUAGCAGAUCCAGAUGGGAAAGGAUUCUUAGACAAACAGGGAUUUUAUGUCGCUUUGCGGUUGGUAGCAUGUGCACAGAGCGGCCAAGAAGUCAGUCUGGCAAGCUUGAACCUCACAGUCCCACCCCCUAAAUUUAAGGACACAAGCAGUCCAUCACUCACUACAGUACCUGCUUCAAGUGAAAGCCAUUGGAUUGUGAGGUCUGAAGAAAAGAGUAAGUUUGAUGGCAUAUUUGAAAGCCUUGCACCAGUGAAUGGACUCCUUUCUGGAGACAAAGUAAAGCCUGUUCUUAUGAACUCAAAACUACCUCUGGAUGUGCUGGGAAAGGUUUGGGACCUCAGUGACAUUGAUAAAGAUGGACACCUGGACAGAGACGAAUUUGCAGUGGCCAUGCACCUGGUGUACCGAGCCCUUGAGAAGGAGCCUGUGCCCUCAGUCCUGCCAUCCUCUCUCAUCCCCCCCUCUAAGAGGAAGAAGUCUGUCAGUUCCCUGCCGGGAACGGUCCCUGGGCUGCCUGCUAGCCCCCCACCACCCAAAGACAGCCUGCGUUCCACCCCCUCCCACGGAAGCAUGAACUCACUCAACAGUGUGGGCAGUCUCUCCCCCAAACACACUCUCAAGUCUUCGCAGCACUCGGUGAACUGGGUAGUCCCGGCAGCAGACAGAGGGCGCUAUGAUGACAUCUUCCUGAAAACAGACAACGACCUUGAUGGGUUUGUGAGUGGCCUUGAAGUCAAAGACAUCUUCAUGCAGUCAGGGCUCCCGCAGAACAUGCUGGCACAUAUAUGGGGCUUAGCGGACACUCGGCAGAUGGGAAAGUUGACGCGCGAGCAGUUUGCCUUGGCCAUGCACUUCAUCCAGCAGAAAGUCAGUAAGGGCCUUGACCCGCCACAGGCUCUCAGCGCGGAGAUGAUGCCACCGUCUGAGCGCAGCACUCCUGUACCGAGUCUGUCUGGAUACAUGACACCAGUGGGAUCUGAAAUGGCUGCUCUUUCAGAGAUGCGGCGUCAAAUAAUGUUCAAGUUAUGGGACAGCUCCAGCUCGGUGGGGUCAGGUGAAUUCACGGGCAUCAAAGAGCUUGAUGACAUCAGCCAGGAGAUCGCCCAGCUACAAAGCACACUCGCUUUUACACACUGGGAGACACUCAGAGAGAAGUACACUCUGGAGCAAGAGAUCAGGGAGACAGAAGAAGCCAUCAGGCAUAAGACCACUGAGGUUCAGGAGAUGCAGAAUGACCUGGACCGUGAGACGUGCAGCCUGCAGGAGCUGGAGGCCCAGAAGCAGGACGCCCAGGACCGGCUGGAGGAGAUGGACCAGCAGAAGGCCAAGCUGGAGGACAUGCUCAAUGACGUGCGGCAGAAGUGCCAGGAGGAGUCCCAGAUGAUCUCCUCGCUGCAGACUCAGAUCCACUCCCAGGAGACAGACCUGCAGAGCCAAGAGGAGGAGCUGGACCGGGCCAAAACCGAACUGAGCCGGCUGCAGCAGGAGGAGAGCCAGCUGGAGCAGAGCCUCCAGGCUGGGAAGGUGCAGCUGGAGACCAUCAUCAAGUCCCUCAAGGCCACGCAGGAUGAGAUCAACCAGGCUCGCAGCAAGCUCUCCCAGAUACAAGACAAUCAACAGGAGAUGACCAAGAGCAUUGAGCAGUACAACAGCACUCUGAACGGCACCCAUGGGGGCAGCAUGACCAACCUAGCAGAUAUGAGCGAGGGCUUCCCAGAGAAGGAGAAUGGUGGCUUCGGUGCCAUGGAGGACCCCUUCAAGGUGAAGACAUCUGUGUUCAAUAGCAACCCCCAGGAGAUGAACACAGACCCCUUCCACUCAGAGGACCCCUUCAAAACAGAUCCUUUCAAAGGAGACCCUUUCCAGAAUGAUCCCUUUGCAAAGCAGCCACCCACCACCACAGAUCCCUUUGGGGGAGACCCUUUCAAAGAGAGCGACCCCUUCAAGACUACAUCAGAGGACUUCUUCAAGAAGCCGGUUAAGGUGGAUCCUUUUGGUGCCCCCGAUCCUUUCAGCAAAAGUGCCACGCUCCCCACAAAGCAGGCGUGCCAAUUCACAAGCAAUGACCCCUUCACCUCCACCAGCCCCAAAUUAAAAGGCCCAGAUCUCUUUGGAACACUUGACCCCUUUGGAAGUAGCUCAUUUGGCAGCAGCAGUGGAUUUGCAGACUUCAGCCAAAUGUCAAAGGGCUUUGCAGAUGACCCCUUCGGCAGAAAACAGGAUACCCCAGCACUGCCACCCAAGAAAGGUGUACCACCUCGACCGAAACCUCCUAGUGGUAAAAGCACUCCUGUAAACUUGCCUGGAUCGGGGGAUGCCUCCAAGCCGAGCGACCCGUUCCAGCCCUUCGGUUCUGACGCCAGCGACCCCUUUCAGAAUAAAAAGGGGGUGGCGGGGGUCCCAGGGGAUCCCUUUAGUGGCAAAGAUCCAUUUGCUCCAUCUGCCUCAAGUAAAGCCUCUAGAGACUCCUCAUUGGGUUUUGCAGACUUCAGCUCUGAAACGAAAGAGUCAAGUUUGGGAAUGAGGCGCAGCAGAUGGAGUGGGCCAAGCGGGAGAGCGAGCGCGCGGAACGGGAGCGGCUGAAGCGCCUCCGACUGCAGGAGCAGGAGGACCUGGAGCUCGCCAUCGCCCUCAGCAAGGCCGAGAUGUCCAACGCGUGACCUCGCACCUCUCACUCCCCACCCCACGCCGGCCCGCCCACCGUUCCCACUCUCAGCUAGGCUGAGAUCCCCAGCCCCCUUACCCCUAAACCCGCGUCACUGCUGACCUCUCACCUCGCCCCGCCCCCCCUCUCCCCCAUCCCACUCCAUACGCUCAACAAGACCAAGAUGUCUGAGGCUUGACCCCUGUCACGACAUUACUUCACCUCACGCUGUACUAACCACAAUGCAAGAAGUCAAACUAAAGUACAAAUGCAAAACGAGCAAAAAACAAAAUGGUAAUAGUACAAGGGUUGGGGGGGGGCAGGGGUUUGGAUAACACAGAGUGUUGGUUUGGGGUGUUGUAGUGAUAAAUCAACACUCAUAGUCUCCCCUUAUUUUAAUGUGAUCAACAAUUGCAAGAGGGUUAACCUGUGGUUGUUUUGCGACUAAUGCACUGUACACGCACUGCAUAACCUGCACAGUCUGCCGCCGGCCAAGCGUGCUAUUUAAGGGAAAUGUGGGCCUUGUGUCGGGCUAGUGAGGUUGUUCUGUGGUAGGACGUGGUGUGGAACUUCACACUGGACUGGUGCCAGGCGGUAUAGAUCGUCAAGAAGGGACGGCAAUUCUGACCAAGCUGAGAAAAAAAAGGACAAAAAUAUCGCUGUAGUGGUUUGAACUGAUGAUUUUAUCGCUUUUUUUUUUCUUGAGGGACACAGAACUAGUGUUAUGGUCUUCUGCAUGUGUGAAUGGGUGGCUCUCUCGCCAUGACUGGAAGCAAAUUGUACAGAAAACUCUAUUUUCUUUUUUUGUUUUUGUUUGUUUCAGACAGUGUGUGUGUGUGUGUGUGUGUGAAUGGAUCCAAAUGAAUGCUUACGUAUCAGGGGCAGCAGGAGAGGCUGAAAUGUUUUUUGGAAUCAUGUCACGUUUUGCAGUGUAUUUAAGACCUCUCCCCUGUGAAGCGGGUUGUCCAGGAAGAGAGAGAUCAGAUGAGGGAAGUCAUUCUUUAGUGGUCACUGUGUGUUCUACUGCAGCAGGAACAGAGGAAGUUCUUUUGUCUGACCACCAGCACUGUUUACCAUUUCAGGAAAGGCUACGCGUUCAUUUCAUAUUACCGUAAAACCACAACCCUCUCUUCUGAGAAUAUGCUCAUAGUGUUGUCACAAUGUACUGGUAUCCUGUGUAUGUUUUAAAUGACUCUCAGUAAUUGGCUGCUAGAACUGAGGGGUUUGAUGGCUGAAGGACAAACCUGGUGGAAGGGUGAUCCUAUUGCUGGUGCUCAUGCAGUGUUGGUACUUUUUACAGUGUUUUUGUCUUUUUUUUGUUAUUUGUUGUUUUAUUUUAUGUUUAUGUAUGUUUUCAUGUGAAUCUUGGUACACCAUGCCGACUGUGCUGAGCUUUCAAACCAUUCAAGCCUGAACCUUGAACCCCUACCUUGUUUUACUGGCGACAUUUCAUUUUUACUUGAAGUCUACCAAUGGUACUAGUUGGCACACUUGGUUACCCUCUUAUUAUACUGAAAAUGAUAUAGACUGACUAUAGUUAUAGUUGGGUCCUUCAGGACUAUGUCACUGCUCAGCCUGUCAAUAUUGGACUGACCUAUAUGUGAUUUGUGUUCCCUCCAGAAUGUGUAUGAACAAGCCCCAAAUUUAAAUGUUACUAAAUUAGGGAUCUUUUACUUUCUGAGCCAUGUGUGAUGGUGUCAUUAUUUAGUGUUGUUGUUGUUGUUGUUGUUAUUAUUACUUGCAUUAUAGGGCGGUAAUAUAUCAAUCAUCCGAUGUGCGGUAUUGACUGAAAAAUUCUGGUGUCAUAGUACGACAAGUGAAUGGCACUUUCGAUUGCAAAAGUUUUGGUUGAAAUCCUUCAUUGUUGGAUGCUUAUGCUGGUUACUGACAUGCCCUGUCUUUUACAUGCAUUAAGACUCGCCAGAAAGAAACUCGCAGCUCUGUUUUGAUUUCACGUCUUUCCUGUCUCUCCCUGCACGUGCGAGAGCUUCAGCUGUGUCCUUCUGCUCGAGGCCACAUUGAUCACUCUUGUGGUGUUUUAAUCACAAGUCUUGAAUCACGCUUACCAAGUCCUGAUGCCAACACUCCUUUACUGUGUUGCAGUCUCUCUGUGUCCUCUGCCCAGGACCGGGCCCUGGAACCCCCCCCCCCGCUCUGCACUCUCAGCUUUUCUCUGGUCUCUCUCUGCUAUCACUGAGUACAUGACUGAAUUGAAAACAGGUGAAUCUGAUGUAGAGUUGGAGCCACUGGCCAUCCCCCUGAAGGAAACUAAAAUAAGCUUAAAUCAAAAGUGAAGGCAUGGGGGCCUUAGGUGGUCAUUAUUGACUAAAUGGUCCUGAUGGUUCUGAUUGAGUAGUGCUCUAGAACUGAUCAUUCCACUUAAAUACUAGGUCAGAUUCAUCUGUUCAAAUCACAUUUGGCUUAGCUUGUCCAGCCAUCAACUCCUUCCCCUGUAUUCAUACUGUAUUUGUCUUAUAUGUCCACAGUGCAAUAGUCUUUGUUUAUUUUUUAACUUCCAUUUAAAAACAUGUAAAUUCAGAUUUACAUUUUUUCAUAUUCAUUGUAUUCUUUUUGUUAUGUUUUUUAUCAUUAGGCGUAUUUAAACAUGCUUAUCAAGUUGCUGUUACAAAUUGGCAUUUUUAAUUAUGUUUUCAAAGCAUUUUGACCGAUCUGAUGCUGAAUGCGUUCCUCCUCGCCUGCCUUUGACUUAUCUUUCCUCUGUAGAUAAAGAAGAAGAAAUAAUCACAUCUGUUGUAUUGAAAUGCAUAAAGUAUACAUAAACCUUGUAUAUUAUGUCUGUUAUAUUUGUCCUAUAAAAAGUGAAAAAUUGCUCAAUGUGUAACUUUUGGAGAAUUUCUGACUACAUUGGUAGCAACUAGAAAAAAGGGUUGGAUUUCUUCGAAGAUGUUUAAUGCUCAGUAUGUGGUCAUUGUUCAAUAGAAUAAAAAAUAACUACAUUUCAGAUUUA